AUGUUCGUUGUUGUUCCAAUCACCGAUGUUGUCAUUAUUAAACCGAAGAAAUUUGGAUCUGAUAUCGAAGAAGUUAUUGCUCAUGAGCUAAACUCCCGUUUUUCAAACAAGGUUUUGUAUAAAGUUGGUCUGUGUAUUUCCCUUUGGGAUAUCAAAAAAAUAGGGGACAUGUAUAUCUUACAUGAUAGCGGUUCAUAUCAAGUUGUUGUCUCAUUCCGACUGAUCUGUUUCCGUCCAUCGAUAGACGAAGUAAUAAUUGGAACAGUAAAAAACUGCACCCCGGACGGUUUGCAUAUAUCUCUAUACUUCUUUGACGACAUAUUCAUUCCGGCAGACAAGCUAAGACACCCAUCAAAAUUUGAUUUUGAGCAGCAGUGUUGGAUUUGGCAAUACGAAGAUGAUGGUGAAUCAGCCGAUCUACGCAUUGAGAAGAACGACACAAUCAGAUUCCGAGUAGAACAGGAGGUCUGGCAAGAUCCGAAUCCAAAUGGAGAAAAGCAAGACCAAAAUCAGCCAGUAUCUCCCUUUGGUAACAAAUCCCCCUAUGUCAUCCUAGGAUCGAUAGUCUCCGACGGGCUCGGUCUGACCUGUUGGUGGAUCAACUAA